UCAUGGCUCUGUAUUCCCAGCACAAACACCUACAGAGAGCCCUUCAAAUUUUCCCACAGCACCACCAAAACAAUUCCUAUCUUCACGCCAUCAUCGCCAAUGGAACUUGCCUUGCUUUUGAGCUUCGUCCAAACUCUGAUCGAAGCCCACAGAAUCUUCCUCAGAAAUGGGAGGCUCAUGAUCUGCAUCGCCGCCUCCGCCGUCUCGCUCUCCUCUUUGCUGUUCCUCGCCAUCGUCUUCUCCCUCCGGCCGGCGAUCAGCCACCUCAUCACCAAAGCGAGCAUGUUGCUCAUCACUAGUCCCACCAGCGCUGACUACCCCUACCUCCUCUUGUCCAUCCGGGAGAACGUAGGGUUGUUCUUCGCCCUCGAGUGGGUCUUCGUCUUGCUUUGCUCCUUGUGCUCGAUCCUCUUCUCGGCCAUGACCAUUUACGCUUCCGCCACCGAACAUGGGGGCAAGAAUUUGUCCACCAAGGACUUGGCUAUCGCGGUGGCCCGGUCCUGGGCAAGACCCUUAAUCACUUUCUUCUACAUCACCCUCUUCAGCAACGGUUACCUAUUUAUUGUCCUAAACCUUAUGAUCCCUCUUGUUCUGCUUAGGGCAAACAUCGCUACCGUGAUCCUAUGCAUCUUGGCCGGUUUGUUGUACACUCAUUUGGCCGUCGUUUGGACCCUCGGGUUCGUUGUGUCCGUGUUGGAAGAGGACAAGAGUGGACAUGAGGCGCUCGCGAAGGCGGGGCGGCUAGUGAGGGGAAGGAAAGCACACGGCUUUGCGUUGAGCCUCGUGAUCAUGGCCUUAUCAAUCCUAAUGAGUCAGGUGGUGAGGUUGGUCUCGAUUCGACAAUCCAACGGGGCAUACAUUGUGAUAGGCUUGGUGAUGCUGAACUCACUGUGGUUGGUGAGGAUGUUCGGAUUGAUGGCUUACACGGUUUUUUACUACGAGUGCAAGAACUUUCACGGCGAAGAGAGUAAUAAAUUGAUGGUUAGCUUGGAAUAUUCGAUGAUACCUGCGAAUGCGCCUCUCAUUACAGAAGAUCUUCCUUAGGUUUUGGAGUUUCAACAAUGUGAAUCUAUCGAAGAAACUGAUAUGUUCGUUGCUUUUCAGUUUGACCGUCGCUUGUCUUUGUCUAUUUUUCAUCCUUUUUGCUUUGCCCCUCGGGGCUUUGGACAUUG